UGCGACCCAAUCAGACUCGUUCCGUUUCGGGUUCGAUUUCAGUCCCCGUGCAAGUCCUAAUGCGUCUGGUUGUGUGUCCGCAGAAAGUUCUUCCAAAAUCGCGCUGACUUCGAUUUGUGUUACGGCUGCUACUGCCCCGAAAAAAGGCAACGUGCCAGAUCAAAAUUACCACAGCUCAAAGCUCUUUAAUUGUCUCCGGUUGAAGUUAUUUUCCGCCCUCUUAAAGUUCGUGUAUGUGCAUUCGGGCAAAGUGCGCUUUUCUCGUAGUCGGUCUAAGAACCUAAAAAACAGAACAAAUCUCCUGCCAUACAAGACUUUCGGCAGUCGACAGUCAUCAAAGAGGCUUAGAGUUACUGUAAAGCGAGUGAGAAGUCUCGGCCAAACAUAGGCACUUCCGUAAAUUUGGGCAAUUUUGCCAGCUAAUGCAACUCACGAGUAAUAGAAACACAACUAUGCCAAAUUCGAAAAGGGCUGCGUCAAAGUUUGUUAACAUCAUCAAUCAAGGUAAUGACAAUAAAUGCUGCUGCAACAACGGCAUCUACAGGGUCAACAAAAUGUAAUUGGGCAAGGGCGUGGACUGAAAAGGGCCCACUCAGUUUGGCAGUGGGCAACGUUCAACGGCAACAGAAGCAGAAGCAGAAACAGCGAUAUUACUGAACCGCAACAAUCGACAACAAGCGCAAUCACAGCAGCAUCAGGACACCAAACGAAAUACGCAACAUAAAUGAAGUUAACAACCUGUCAAAUUGCUAAAUUAUUUCCGCUGUUGACAGCCUUUUUCUUCCUCAAUUCUCCGAUCGCAGCCUUAUUAUUCUACGGCUCGAAUCCCACCUUAUCCUCCAGCUUCUCGACCACUUCCCACUCCCACUUCCUCUCAGAAAGACCCCACCGCUCGGGUGUACUCGACCUGCGAGCGGACGACCCAGCCAGAGCCUUUUCCACAAAAUCAGUUGCGGCUUCGCGGACUGUGGCAGCGACAGCGGCAUCAACAACACUUUUCAGCAAGUCAAUUCGGCCGACAUCUAUACAAAUAAAAAGUCCACGUAAUGCGCGUGAAGUUGGACGUCAGAAACGUCAGCUGCAACAGCCCACAAUCCUGCAGCAGCAUCAGCAGCAACAGCGACUUGAUCCCCCGCAGCAACAUCAACACCCGCAGCAGCAACAGGCACACCAGCGUCAACGACGACAGCAGCAGCAGCAACAGCAGCAGCAGCAUCAAAAGCGAGGGCAACAACACCCUCAACGAGUGGGCGUUUUAAUACCCACUUCGCUGCACGUUGAUUUGACGCAUGUGCAAAAGGGCUUUCAAAACUUCCUCGCCUUUUUCCAACUGAAUUUAUAUAAUGUCACCGUCGAUUUCCUACGUGAUGUGGAUUUAAGCGGCUUAAUAAAAUUACUCGAGCAACCCAAGUACACGAGCGUUAUAAAGACUUUAAAUGCGGGCAUUACGGUAGACAGCGUCGUGGACGUGGAACAGAAUACCAAUAUGGACGUUGAUACGCCACGUCAGCAACAACAGCUGCAUUCGGAGCAGGAGCCUUAUCGUCAUCAUUAUCAGGACUCCGUAGCAAAACAGGUUCCAGUAGUCAAGCAGGACUCCCAUUCAUCCGGCGAAAACGGGAAAAAUCGUUGGGACGACGCCCGCAGCUUCUCGGGUCACUGUCAUCAGCUGGCUGAGCAACUUGCCCUCGAUUUCAAUAAGACCGUUGUCCUGUGGCCCUGUCCUCGAAUGAAAAUCUCCAGCAAUAUUCUUCCAUCAUUCGAAGCAAUUGCCCUAGCUGUGCAAAGCAUUUCCACCAAAUUGAACUUUUCGCAAGUUGAUAUCUAUAUUGGCGACGACAAUUGGGGCCUAGGAUUAGCCAUUGCCACCAACUUGCAUGUGCCGUAUCGCAUUGAAAUUGGCAGGACAAUACGUGACCUGCAUUUGCAGGAUAAGCCGGGCAAAGCAAUUAUUGUCACAGCACCGCUGAACGAUGAGAGCACCACGCUCAUGUUGUCCACCAUCGAUUUGAAGUGGACGGAGCAGGCAAGAAAGGAAGGUUAUGGGUCAGAGCCCAGGAGGCAGCACACAAAAAUCCUACUCAUCGACAUGGCGGGCAGCUCAUUGGACACCCAGCAUGGGUUCUAUAAAUAUUUGGCUCGAAUAGGUGGGUCCCGAACUAAAGCCUUCGCACACAGCACUGGUUCUCCGGCCGAAAUGGUUAGCAGCAAUCUGUUGGUGCUGACUCUGCUAAACGACAGACAUCGACACUUUCUGAAUGCGGCCGGACUAAUGGCAAAAAUGCAGAAUUUUCGCACGUCUCUCAAUGACAACUACAAGGAUCCACCACCCUUCGGACAUCGCAAUGCCAGCCUGAACAAGCUGUAUCCGUACCGCAAUCUCUUCCCGCUCUUUAAUACGAUAGUAACAACCUCUACCCAAUCGGCCACUUCAGAAACCAGUCCCCAAUAUGAUUUUGUGGUGCUAGACAUCGUUAGGGACGCCCAGGUGGCUACUUACAAGUGGCGCCCACUGCUUAUUCUUGAGAGCGACAGAGUAAGUCAAGGAGAUGGGUUGAAUGAUGAAGGUAGUGGCUCUUAUAUCACCCACUCGAUACACCCUGCUUACGACGAGUGGUUGCUGGUCAGCCGUGUCCUCCUGUGGCAGUGCGGUGCCAUCUGCUGGACCAUCGCGGCGAUCUGCGUGGGCCUACUGGUAAUCAUAAUCGCUGGCAUUGUAGCCGGUGGAAUCGCCAUGAGAAACUACUUCUUACGUAAGCGUCUCUCUAAUGGCCCAAACAAAAUAGUCCUUUCAGCCAGCGAUUUUGUUUUCCCAGUGGAUUCUCGAAGAGUCGAUGAGGGCAUAGAGGCCAUGCUAUGCUGUUGGCUGCAGCAGCUGCAGGAGUUUGGGGGCCCGGAAGUAGACAAGCCGGAUCUCCUUAAAGGUUCCAUUGGCUCCCUAAAGAAUCUAGGAUUCGUGAUUCCUGGUGCAGCCGCUCCGGGCUCGGCUGGAGCCAUCACUGGCACUGGCACUGGCAGCCUAGCAAGGCACAAUCCUGCCCAUUUGGACAUGAGAGCUCGGUAUAAUGGAGAUCUCGUGCAACUGAAGGAGGUGCAUAUAAACGGAUCUGCGGAACUGCGCACCAAGGCAAUGGAUCUACUCGUAAUGGCCCAUGGUCUAAGGCACGAAAAUAUAAACCCGCUAAUUGGUUGGCUAUCUGAUCCCAACCGUACGGCUAUGGUCUUUGAUUACUGCUCCAGAGGAUCGCUACAGGAUGUGCUUAUCAUGGAUGAGAUCAAGCUGGACUGGUCGUUUCGCUUGAGCUUACUUACGGAUCUGGUUAGGGGGAUGCGAUACCUACACUCCUCACCUUUGAGAGUUCAUGGCGCCUUGACCUCAAGAAACUGCGUGGUGGAUGCCCGAUGGGUUCUGAAAAUCACCGAUUAUGGGUUGAAUUCUUUUUACGAAUCGCAGGGACUUCCGCCAAGACCCAGAAGUGCCAAAGAGCUGUUAUGGACAGCUCCAGAGCUCCUUCGAAACGCGAAGCACCACCAGCAUCAGCACCACCAUCAAAAUCAGCACGGCCGCAUUCAAUUGGGAACCCAACUUGGAGACGUAUAUUCCUUUGGAAUCAUCAUGCAGGAGGUGGUAGUCAGGGGAGAACCCUACUGCAUGCUCUCCCUCUCUCCGGAGGAAAUAAUACUCAAAAUUAAAAAGCCUCCGCCUCUGAUACGGCCGUCCGUUUCCAAGGGAGCCGCUCCACCGGAGGCCAUCAAUAUCAUGCGCCAAUGCUGGGCCGAACAGCCUGAUAUGCGUCCUGACUUUAACUCGGUUUAUGAGCGCUUCAAGAUGCUGAACCAUGGACGCAAAGUAAACUUUGUGGACACGAUGUUCCAAAUGCUCGAGAAGUACUCGAAUAACUUGGAGGAGUUGAUUCGGGAACGCACUGAACAACUGGACAUUGAACGAAAAAAGACUGAACAGCUGCUGAAUCGCAUGUUACCAAGCUCGGUUGCUGAAAAACUGAAGAUGGGGUUGGCCGUCGAUCCGGAAGAAUUUUCCGACGUAACCAUAUACUUUAGUGACAUUGUUGGUUUUACAACAAUCGCCGCCCAUUGCAGUCCAGUUCAAGUUGUGGAUUUGCUCAACGAUCUCUAUACGAUUUUCGAUGCCACAAUCAACGCCUAUAAUGUGUAUAAGGUGGAGACAAUCGGCGAUGCAUAUAUGGUGGUUAGCGGUCUACCCGUGAAAAUACCCGACCAUGCCGAGCAGAUAGCUACCAUGGCCUUAGAUCUUCUGCAUCAAAGUGGUCGUUUUAAUGUAAAGCAUCUUCCCGGAGUUCCACUCCAAUUGAGAAUCGGCCUCCACACGGGUCCCUGUUGCGCCGGAGUGGUAGGUCUCACUAUGCCCAGGUACUGCCUAUUUGGAGACACAGUAAACACGGCAUCGAGAAUGGAGUCGACAGGAUCCUCCUGGCGCAUCCAUAUGUCCCAGGAAACACGGGAUCGACUGGAGGCUCGGGGUGGCUAUGACAUCGAGCCAAGAGGUCUCAUCGACAUCAAGGGAAAGGGCAUGAUGAACACCUUCUGGCUGCUGGGAAAGAAAGGAUUCGAAAAGCCUCUGCCGGCACCGCCUCCUGUUGGAGAAUCUCACGGAUUGGAUGAGUCCCUUAUACGUAACUCAAUAACGCUGAAGGGACAGGCAAACAAAUCUCGGACGAGCACAAAUCCCUCCUCUUCGCAGAGCUCCUCGCUGGCUGGGGAAACCGUCGAGGUGAAGGUCGAGAUAACACCACCCACCAACGCAGACUUAGCCUACGGGGCGAAUCUCCCCAACUCGUACUCCCUGGACUCCAAUUCCACCAACACCAUUAGCCCCAACGCCACCCUUUGUCCGGAGUUUCCAAGCAAAACAACCCCUAGCAGUACCAGUCCACAGUCGCGAAAGGUCUCCGAACUGACUCCAGAAAAUCUACUUAACCCGAACAGCUUCAACCGGCUGCCGAGCUCCACGGGAGGAUCCAGCUCCAGGCUGUACAAAAAGAUUGAGGAGAUGAUGGACCUCAGUUCGCCAUACAACCAUUAUAAAUGCCUCAGUCCCAGCGAGAGCAACCUCACUCAGUUCUACGACGGGAAAUACCUCUACGGCAGUGUGGCGGGCAGAGCGGGUGGUGGACAAGGUGGCGGAGGCACCUGCCCCUCGAUGGCUUUGAGCGGAAGCGGGUGUGGGGGAGGAGCCUGUCGGUUCGACAGCAAGCCCGGCUCCAGUCGCCUUCUGCGUCGGCAGUUCAGCUUGGAUCGCGACGACCAGCAGGCGAAGGGAGACCAGCAGCACCACCAGUACUCCCUGCAGGCAACAACCUACUCGGGCUUGGUGGGCGGUUGUGGUGGGGGUGUCAAAAGCUCCAUGCUGGACAUACCUCUUUUGCACGACACUAAUCGCAGUCCCAAGGGAACGCUGACGCGGUCCCACAAGCAGAACUCCGCCUCUAUCACUCAGGAUCUGGAGAAGAUCGAGGAGAUCCCGCUGUCGCCGGCCUCCUCGCAACACCACAGUAGCCUGGACAGCAAUUUAAACCGCAGUCCGCCCUCAAAUCUGGAGGCGCAGUCGCCGCCGCUGGCGCCUCUGAGUUCGCCCCAGCUUUCCGCCCCCACAUCGCCGGCCCCGUCGAGAUCUUUGAACGGGAUCUAUGCCCAAAACAGCAAUAGUGCCAGUUCCUAUGGUGCAGUGAACAACAAUAAUAGCACCCAUCCCAGCCAGGAGCUGACCCUUAAUAUAGAGCAGCUGCUGAGCAGAUAGAGCACAAUCUAAGCCCCCCAAAAAGGGCGCCGAACAAAGCUUUAGGUCUCAUCCGAACCCAGUUUAAGUGUGCGAGUGUGUAAGUGGGCGGGAGGUCAAGCGGGAGAAAUGUUGUUUAAUACCCAUGUUCCACUGACAUCUACUCGUUAUAUAUUUUCAUAAAAGAUGCCUUUAAAAAUGUGGCUAUGACUCGUGUGAGGGUGAAUGUGCCAGUGGAACAAAUGAAAAAAUCAGUACUGCGAUUUCUAAAGCUUAUUUUUUGUCAUCCAUUUUCAUACAAUACUGUUGAAGAUAUUUCCGAACUGCAGACUUUUUCUACGCUCUUCGCCUAAAUUCUAAUGAUUGUGAAAUUCUAGUAGUUAAGUUGGUUGGGUGAUUAGAAAUUGUGGCAAAAUAAAAAAUUUGGUACCAUAAGGAAGGGAUACCAUAUAAAUGUAUUUACCAAAAGAGUAAUAGUUUUUAGCAACUUUAGAAACUCGUUAAUCCUAUUUCAAAUUAAGAAACUUUUAAAUAUGUAUUCAAAAUUUGAAAGUCUAACCCAAUUUGGCGAAAAAUCAUCAGCGGACUAUAUAUCCCCAACGAUUCUUCCCAGGCCCAGAGUGCAAUGUGAGUAUGUGAAUGAUAUAAAUUUAAAAUGUUGUGAUGUAAAAGCAAAGUACCUCGAUCCAGGGCAGCUUGCUUCUAGCUGCAAUUAAAAUUUAGUACAAUUUAGUUCAAGAUGUGACUAAUAACCUAGUUCGCAUCCCAUGUUCUAUAGCAAAAAACCUUCCGUUAUUUAUAUAGAUAAACGUUACUUAUUUAUAUUCAUUUUAGUUUACGAAAAGGUGUACUCAGUGUUCAUAUUAAAUAGCUUAAAUUCCUCUAGUUCAAAAAUAGUUCAAUGCAAUUGCUAAAUGCUUAAUGUAUUUGGUUAAUUUGACAUGUAAUUAUGUAUGUGAACUUUAUUUUAAUUUAUAUUUUAUAUUUAAAUUUAUUUUAAAACUUCGUAUAUAGAAGACAGGUAACAGAAGAAAGAAUUAUUAUACACUUUUCAACAAGAACUCAAACUAAAACAAAAAAAAUUGUAAUAAAAAUGUCUGCAUACUGAAUAUCUGAUCUUCAAAUGCUAACUGUUCUUUUGUUUCACCCGUGUGGAUUUUCAAAUAUAUAUACUUAUAAAUAUGGGUACAUAAAGUUCCUUUAUACAGAAAAAAAAUUAGAUUAAUUUUUAAUAAUAAUUGAGAAUAUUAUUGAAUAUAGUGGAAAUCUAAAAAUACCUAUGAAAUAAGAAUCGCUUACGUGAAUUUAGUUUUCUAAAGACAAUCGUUGUUACUUUAAAGCAAAACCAAAUGUAGAAAAAUAUUAAGGGUUUGUCUCCGUGCCAUAAUAUAUAUUGUAUAUUUUCUAACCGCUCUACCAUAGCCUAGUUGUAUUGUAAUCUCCACCUAUCCUAUGCGUAUGUGUCAAAAAUAAAUAAUAGAAGAAAUUGAACUAAUAUCAAUACUUA